ACGACCUUAUUAAUUAUUAAACUCACACGUACCGUAAAGUUAUCGGAUGCUCGAGUACAUGGACAAAGAUGAAAAGACGAACGAGGUCAGUGAGGAAGCUGAAAGUGAUAUUGGAGUAGAGACAGAUAUUUUACAGUACACAAGUUCCUCAAAACUACCAUAUGAAAAUAAUAACAAUUGUCCAAAAAUCACAGGAUCAAAGCCACGUAGUAAGUCUAAAGAAAUCAAUAAAGCUGGAGAUUACCUUAUUGAAAUAAAUGGAAACGUUUUAAGCGUGUUCGGCCAUGGGGCAUUGAAAUUUAUUGACCGUCCUUGGAAUCCAUUAAAAGCAAGAGAUGUUACAACUGUUAAAUUCAGUUCUUUAGAUUUUAAUUUUAUUUCAGCUGUUUUGAACAGAGUCAAACACAGAUUUCUGAAUGCAGAGCAUUUCCAUUUCUCAGACACAAACAUUUACUGCCUGGGUCAAUUAAAUGCGCUGGCAGAUAUUCAAGGACUCACGUCUUUAACAAUAGAACCAAAAGGGAAUCCUGUAACAAAAAAAAAUUGGAGAAGCUAUGCCAUAUACAGGCUUUCCCAUUGGGGUCUCAAGACAAUCAACAACCAACAGAUCACACCGGUAGAACUAACUUCAAGUGAUCUCGAAUUUAGAGGACUCAGUAAUAUCGUCAUAUCUUGCCUUCCUGACAAUCUUCUUGAACCACUUUUGGAACGUCUACAAUUAAAUCAGACCAUAACAAGACCUAGAGAAUGGUUGGAUUUAGCCGAACCUUCAAUUCGAACCGUUGUCGCCAAAGAAGCCCUGCAGUGGAGAAAGACAAAACAAGAAUACUCAUCUUGGAGGGAGAAAGGACGAAUUCAUCUGCAAAAAAUAAUCUCUUCAACUUUAACGACUGUAUUAAAACUGAAGCAGCUUAAUGUUGAAUGGUCAUCGAUUCUCAGGGAAAUAGUGCGUGACACGCUUGUUGACUACUCACACUUUGAUUCUUAUAUGAAACAAUGCAUUUCUCAGAUAAAAGCAUAAAACAAAAAGUCCUAUUUCACAUCUGUUCAAAAAGAAAAAAAAGCUUGUUAUAACAACAAUUGAAUGUAUAAACCAUAUAACAACCAUACAGUUACAUUACAUUACAACAGCUGUACAGUUGAAAAGUGUGUAUGUAAAUUAACUUACUAAAUAUGUACAUUUGAAAAUUUAUACACUAGUGUAAAAUUAGAAAUAAUCUAUCUAUAGAAGAAGAAAGGUAAAAUGUUUAGCUAAAUUUUUCAUUGCCCAACAAGUCAGGUUGAACAUUUUAUGAUUAAUUAUGUUUAAGUCCACAUCACAAUAGUAAAAUUAAAAUAUAAGGUGCGGUGCCCACUGAAGGAUACAUGAUACGACAAGUGAUGCAUAAGCAAUUCGACACCUUAUCACUACUUAUAAUUCUUGCCUAAGUAACUAAACCAGUACACACCAGUGCGAUUGCGAUGCAACGCUGAUAAUUAUCGGUGUCGUAUCCGCUGGGGCGACACAGCUUGUCAAUCACUUCAGGCCAUAGAAUGGUGCAACUCGUCAGUGAAUCAUGUCAACACAACAGGAGAACAUCUCUGAUGCUAUUUCUUUUGACAAAAUAGUUGAACAGAACCCAUGAUUAUGGAACUAUUUUUGAAAAGUUAUUCAAGAACUAAUUUAACAAGCGUAGCAUGGAAGAAAAUAGCAGAAACGCUGAAGCUGAAAAAUUAUUAAUAUCACGUUGGUGUACCUCCAAUAUUUUCUCUCUUUUUAUUUCCAUUGACUUCAAUAUCUGUAAGUAAUAAUGACAUCCUCCUCUAAAGAGCUCAUGAUUACAAUUGCGUAUAAAGGUACUACUAUCAUUCAUCAGAUCAACAUAAUAACAAUGGACGAGAGUCCGUCUGUUUACAUUUACAUACACAAAUAUAUAAUGUUAAUAGUACUUUAAAGCAAUAAUGGAAUAAGAGUAAAAAUCAUCGCUAUUGUCUCCAUUUAAAAUGGCUAAACAGUGGUCAUGUGACAAAGAUCUCUGGAUGUAAUAAAUUAAACAAAAUUCUGCCAGGAUAGUACAUUCGCUUACAAAAUGCAGUUUCAUUGACACUGUAGUUGCAGUAAUUUUAAUUUUGUCUCCAAGGUUAAUAAUGGAAGUUUUAUCAAUUCUGUUCUUAAUUUAAAAUAAGCUAGCCUUAUUUAUACCAAAAUGAUGAUAUCUAGAUCAUGAAGUAAGUGUAGUGCUGGUGGAAUCUUGCUGAGGAUACACUAGGCCAAUAAUCUGUCCCAUUCCCUCAACCUAAAUUUCUCCAAAAAUGCUACAGAGAUGCCACUAAUACAUUCGGCAUUGAACCUAUUUAAAUCCAUGGGGUCCCACCUUAACCCAACCAGUCUUCAACCUCACACUUUUAUGAGUAAUUAAAUUUGCCAGCUUGCUAUGAUCAUUGAAUGUUUUGGCAAUAAAGGUGGAAUGUAAUUUAAAAUGUAACGUAAAAAGAAAUAAACUUGAAGUAUUAGUUUCUAAAUAAAUUGCAUAAUUGAGCGUAUUGUUGAUAUGAGAUAAUUUCUUUUAACAACGAACCGUUGAAAUUUUUCUAAAUCUAUAUAUUCUCUAUACCCCCAAAUUUGCACUGCGUAGGAAGCCAUUGAUCGUGCAACCAUCUUCCACAGAACACAAAUUUUUUUGAAAAUUCUUUUCCCAAAGUUCUAAUAAAGCCUUGUUGGGCUAGUUUUAUUUUUUACAUCAAAUGUAUUGUUAAAUUUAACUGUGAUGUCAAUGAGACUCCCAAAUAUUUAUGUUUCAACUAUUUCUAAAAUUUCAUUUUUAAAUUUCCAUCUUUCGUUUAGUCAUAAUAUAUCUUUAUUGUUUAGCAGUAUUACCUUUAAGUUUCCAGCAGUCCCAAUAAAUUUCUAAAUCUUCUAUCUUGUUUUGUAACACUAAAGUAGUGUCUGCCAUAACACCCCACCGUCAGCAUACCAGUUUAAUGUAAGAAGGUAUGUAUUGUAUCUCUUGGCACUUUGCUCCAGUGGGCACAAGGUUGUGCCGACAAAAGUCAUAUCAGGCAAUGAAAGAUGGUUUCAUGGUACAUAUCCUACCGUGUUUAAGAAUAACGCUUAUUUUAUGCUGAUUUAUAUAAGCUCAACUCUGUACAUACACCUUUAGCCUAUUACUUCUCGUAGUCCACCGGCAAUUCCUGCUUUUGUAAUUUACAAUAAAUUACCGGCAGGCCUCAAGAAUCGCCCGGUAUUGGCAAUCAAGCCAGAUCUUGGUCUUAUUCGUCCAGCCACCGGGUGCUAGCUAUCAACAGCUAGGUCAUUUCUGCAUCCAAUGCAAACAAUCUCAAUCCAACCCCAUUCACUCUCUUAAAUACAUUCUUUCUUCAUUCACUCAUUUAUAAUAGUGGACUCCUUGAUUUUUCUCCUUCACCCUUUUCACCCAUUUUCACACCACCCAGAACAAGAGCACAAGGAUAACAUUGACAGAGAACCAGUCACAGACAGCAGUUACCCAGUAACUGAGGGAGUAAGUGCAGACAAGGUAGUAAAUUUGAGCAUCACAACUGGAUGAGGUUAAUUUAAUACAAAAAUUGCAAAACAAUUAUAUUUAUUAAACCAUAACAAGAAUAUCACAGAUAUUUAAACACAUUUUAUUAUAUCAUUUAUGAUAUAUAAACUAAUUCUAGACAAAAUAAUAAUUAUAGAUUUAUUCCAGUCUUUCAAAUUUUAGUUCAUUUACCUCUUUUAUUUGAAACAUGCUAGGUACUGUUUUUUCUUUAGAAACAUAAUCAACAUGCUCAGUACAUAAAUUGUAUGUAUAAAAAAUGGCACAUUGUUAUAUUAAACAAUUUUUAUUUUUGAAACCUGUGGUACUUUACUCGGAUCAAUUUAUUGCAUCAUAUGGGAUGCGAGUCAAAUUUUUUUUUCUCCAUCAACCCGUACUGCUUUUUUCUUUAAUUGACUAGUAAUUUUAUAAAAUGACCAAAACAACAUUAAAAAUGUAAACAAAUAUUAUACAUAUUAACAAAAAUACAUAUGUCAUCCAUGUGUAGUAGCUCACUGAAGAAUAAGUACGUUAUGCUAUAGAGGUGGUAAAAGAAUACAAAUAUUUAAGAGUAAUAUUUACCCCUCAACUUUCUUGGUAGAAACAUUUAUCAAGGAAGAUGUCAGCAGUGGAACUAGCUAUUAACAGAAUCUGGUCCACUAUUAUUGCGCAAGAAUAUGUCGCUAUUAAAGCAAAAUCUUCUCUUUCAUAACAAAAGCGAUGCUUUCCUCGGGCGCUAGGUUUUCAAGUAUCACAGCACUGGAAAUAAUUAAGUCUAAUUCCCAUUGGUUUGCUCAUUGGAAAUUUUUAUUUAAUAAAUACAAUCUAGACUUCCCAUUGACCCUUGAGAACAUCAGUAGUUGGCAGGUUCAUUUUUCGACUCCUCUCCAAGAUCCCAGCAUCGGGAACAUUGUUUAUUACGGGUUCAAACAUCUACACACCUGUCUCUCUACAAGGAAUUAGAAGUUUCACCCAUGUUUGAUUUCCUAAUUUUGACGGUCUUUCCUUGUGUGAACUAAGAUGGGCAUUUAAGCUGAGAUGUGAGGUUUUACAUGUAAAUUCAGCUGUGUGGAAUAGGGGUAACUUGGGUAUA